UUCACCGUAGCUUCUGCUCUCUCUCUCAAACGUCAGUUCAUUUCGCCUCUUUCGCUCUGCAUUUCGCGAAACCCUAGCUUUUCUCUUCGGAGGUAUCGAUUUGCGCUGCCUCGGGCCGCCGAUCGUCGCCGGAAUUUUGAAAUUCGAGAAGGGGAUGAGGAGUAAAGGUGAAACUUUUCGAUUGGAGACAAAUUCUGAACGCCCUUGGAGAGGCUUGAAGAAAGAUAAACUUGGGGCUGUGAUUUUUGGAUGCAAGCGCCACACUAUCGCGGAAUGCUUAAAAGAUGGGCUUUUCGGAUUGCCAGCUCCACAUUAUGCAUAUGUUAAGAACGUGACUGCUGGCCUUACGCUGUAUCUGUUCAACUAUACUGACCGGAAGCUUCACGGUAUCUUCGAAGCAGUUUCAUGCGGGGAGAUGAAUAUUAACCCACGUGCAUGGAUAACUAGUGAGGGAACUGAGCUUACACCAUACCCUGCACAGGUACAUAUUCGUGAACGGAGGAAGUGCAGGCCUCUACUUGAAGAACAAAUUAAGCCCAUCAUAGCAAAGAAUUACUAUGAAGAGAAGCAUUUUUGGUUUGAGCUUGACAAAGACCAAAAUAGAGGAUUGAUGAAACUGUUUCUAUCAUCACCAAUACCAGAAAAGCUGCCUCGUCUAGAAAAGUUGCCUCAUCCUCCAGACACCACCUACAGCAACAUGUUUGACAUUUUGUCCAGCUCCAGUCAAGAUGAUAUUGCAGAUGAAGAGAACAACCAUGAUACUGAAGAAUUUUCCGACAUGGGUGAGAUGAGGCCAAACGAGGACAUGCAUUCAUCUGCCUCAGAAAAUAAUGCAGAUUCUUCUGCUCAAGAGACAAAGUGGGCCGAUUUAUUCAAACCUUCAAUUUCGUUGUUAAAGAAUGAGAAAGUUCGUGAAACUAACAGUGCAAGUUUAAAUUUACCAGUAUCAGAGAUGGAGCGGAAAAUUACAUCAUCCUCUGAGCAAAUGGGAGAACUCCCUCGUGAAGUUUGUCAAGAUGCAGCUAAUACGAUGUCUGACUCAUGCGCUAUGGAACGUUCAGAAAUUUCUUUUGCGGUUGAUGAUGGUGAAGAAGUGUAUGAAAAUAAGAUGGCAUGUACUCAAUAUUAUGAUCAAGACAGUGAUAUGCUUGAUGUGCCAUUUUCAGAGGAUAAAACUUCUUUAGAUGGAGAGGGUGAGCUGAUGCUCUCAGUAAUGGAUUAUGUGCUAGCUGAGGAACCUGGAGAGGCAUGCAUUGAUACCAAAGAAAAAGUAAGAUCUGUUUUGGCAUCCCUAGGAAGUUAUGAGAGAGACCAUGGUCAGCCUAACUUGCCAAAUAGGGCUUCUCAGAAGAACAAUAAUCCAUUGCCUGGAGGGGUGCAAACAGAUGUAUCAUCUUCUAAUUUCCAGUAUGCAAUCAUUAAGGCAUACAUUGUGAGGUUAAUGCAAGAAGUUGAAGGAUUGAAGGUCUCCCAGUUGAAUCAAAGUCUAAAGAUUAAGCAUUUGGAGCAUGAGUUGGUCCUUUCCAAACUAGAAAUUGAUCAAUUGAGGAGUAGUUAUCAUAAGCUGGAGCAUAAAGCAUCUUGUGCCCCAGAUAACUGCAGUACAGAGGACUGUUCGAUCUCUUAUUCCGCACCUAAGGAGUCGGUAUUCAUUGUCGGGGGUUUUGAUGGGUUCUCUUGGCUUCCAGAUUUGAGUUUGUAUUCUCCAAAUCAGGAUCGUGUCACACCACUUUGCUCGAUGAGCUCUACACGCACAUAUGCUGCAGUGGCAAAGUUGAAGACCGAGCUUUACAUUUUUGGCGGCACUCUUGAUGGUGUAUGGUGUGAUUCAGUUGAAUCAUACAACCCAAUCAGUAAUCAAUGGGUCCAGAAGCCUUCUCUAAAGAUGAAAAAAGGAAGUCCAGCAGGAGCAUCCAUGCAUGAUAAAAUCUUUGCAAUUGGUGGUGGAAAUGGGGGUGAAUGUUUCUCAGAGGUGGAAGUGUUUGAUCCAAAAUUUGGUAGUUGGAUCUACACUCAAUCCAUGCUUCAAAAGCGUUUUGCUCCUGCUGCUGCAGCCAUGAACGGUGCAGUUUACGUUGCUGGAGGCUAUGAUGGAAAGGAUUAUCUGAGAACAGUCGAAAGAUUUGAUCCUAGACAACCUGCAUGGAUCAGCAUCGGAUGUAUGAACGAGAGAAGAGGGUGCCAUUCUGUAGUUGCCUUCAAAGAAAAAUUAUACGCUAUAGGUGGCUACAAUGGUAAUGAAAUGGUGUCGACUAUGGAGGUGUUUGAUCCACGAGUUGGCUCGUGGAUGAUGGGGGAACCGAUGACAGUGUCAAGGGGAUAUUUCGGCUCAUUCGUCCUUGGGGGAAAAAUGUACGUGGUCGGCGGGGUCCAGGACAAUGAUGUUCUUGAUUUGAUGGAAUGCUACGAUGAGAGUUCUUCAGGAUGGCAAGUGAUCGGUGCAACGGCCAUCGGUAAAAGAUCGUUUUGUUCUGCUCUAGUUUUAUGAAGAACACAUCCUGCAACUAGUCGGGGGUAUUACUUAGGUGACACUUUUAUUUUCAGCAAAGCCAUGAUAUGAUUUCAUUUAGCCUUGUCAUGAAGUUGUUUAGUUUCUCUUCCAAAUCUUCAAUGUCUUUUGUUCUUCAUUUAGACAUACAGGUUAACUUUUGACCUGAUUUCUAUGUCGAGUUUUAGUAUGAAACUAAUUUCUAUCUACAACUCUUUUA